AUGCCUCUCUCACCUGGCCUCGUCUUCCUGGGGAAACGCUCCCCCUCGCUCGUCCUACCUCCACUGCUGACUUACGGCGCCUUACAUGUCCUCGACCAAACGAACAUUCUCACACUGCCGACCUGGGCAGUGAUCUCCCUCGUGGCCCUCGCCAAACCGAUCCAUUACGCCUGCGAGGUGUACCACCAUCGAUAUCGGGUUCAGAGGGAGGCGAAGAAGCGCGGAGCUAAGGUCGUACCUCACAUCGAGGAACCAUGGCCUUACUUCUCCGGAUUGUCGAUCAUCCCCUACUUGAUGGAUAGCUAUCUCAACGGCUACGUUCUGGAUUCGGUUCAGGAGUGGGUAGGAAAGUACGGGCACACAUUCGAGCUGCGACUCCCCUCCGAGAACCAGAUCUGGACAACUGAACCGGAACACGUCAAAGCCAUGCUCGCGACCCAAUUCCAGAACUUUGAGAAGGGACAUGGGUUUAUCCAGCAGAUGCACUCGUUCCUUGGGACUGGCGUCUUCAAUUCCGACGGAGACAUGUGGAAGUUCCACCGCGCCAUCACCCGACCCUUUUUCACUCGAGACAGAAUCAGUGACUUUGACAUUUUCGAUAAACAUGCAGCUCAGACUCUGGAAUUGGCCAGGGCACGACUUGCAGAGGGUUAUGCGAUCGACUUCCAAGACCUAGUCGCCCGCUUCACCCUCGACUCCGCAGCACAGUUCCUCUUCGGCGAGAAAAUCGACUCUCUCUCCGCCGGAAUCCCCUACCCCAAGAACUCAAGAAAGCCCAACCCACCCUCGUUCACCUCCCACCCAUCCAACAUCUUCGUAAACGCCUUCUUGAGCGGUCUGCACGGUGUGACAAUGCGUGCCAUUAUCGGCCAGGAAUGGCCCCUUGCCGAGUUCCUCAGAGACACAGUCAAGCCGAAUAGGGACAUCGUGGACCAGAUCAUCGAGCCCAUUGUGGACAAGGCUUUGAGGGAAGCCAGUACCCUGGGCGAUGUGGAGAAGGUUGAGAAGGGCGAGGAAGAGACGUUGUUGAAACAUUUGCUUUUGAACCUCCUCGUUGCUGGCCGUGAUACCACUGCCUGCACUUUGACCUACUCGGUAUACAUGCUCGCCGAGAACCCUCAUGUAGCGGAGAGACUUCGAAGCGAGAUCCUCAACAAGGUUGGCGAAAAAGGUCGACCUUCAUAUGACGAUAUCCGUGACAUGAGGUAUCUGAGGGCGUUCAUCAAUGAGGUUCUUCGACUCUAUCCUCCAGUUCCUUUCAACACGCGACGUGCAAUCAACGACACCGUGUUCACCACCAAGGACGGAAGACCUCCGCUCUUCAUCCCGGGUGACACCCAAGUCGGAUACUCAGUCUGGGACAUGCAUCGUCGCAAGGAUCUUUGGGGACCAGACGCGUACGAAUUCGAUCCCGACCGCUUCCUGGACGAGCGUCUACACAAAUACCUCACACCCAACCCCUUCAUUUUCACACCAUUCAACGCCGGGCCUCGUAUCUGCCUCGGCCAGCAGUUCGCCUACCAUGAAGCAUCCUUCUUCCUCAUCCGCCUGCUUCAGCAAUUCUCAAAGUUCAGUCUCGCACCGGACGCUCAGCCCGCCGGGACUAUCCCACCUGAAAGCUGGAAAACAUGCGAAGGGAGGAAGGGAAUGGAGAAGAUUUGGCCGGGAACUAACUUGACUCUGAUUGUCAAAGGUGGACUCUGGGUGCGAAUGGAUUUUUUCUAG